GAUAGAUCCUCAUAUUUCUGUUAAAGAUCAAAUUUUUAAUAUGUUUAAAGAUCAUCAAAUAUUUGCUAUUUCCUUUCAUUACGAUGAUGAAAAUUGUAAAAAAACUGUUCUUAAAGAUCCAUAUUGUCCUAAUGGCUUUGCAGCUGCCAUUUUUCAUGCUUAUAAUUAUCAUAAACAUUUACGUUUAAGUCCUGAUGAUGUUUGGCUUACAAUUUCUCAAGGUGUUGGUCGUCAUAUUAAUUAUAAUGCUGAAAAAUUUCGUAAUAAAUUUUUUAAUCAUCAAGAAAAGAAAUUGAUUUCAAUUUAUAUUGAUGAUAUCAUAUCGGAAACCACUCUUGAAGGUAAUUGGCCAGAAGCUGUAAAUAGAAUUGUCUCGAAAACUGAUGAAUUUGUGGAAAAAAUCCAUUUAAAGGAAUUAUUGGAAUGUAAUUUCUCGACAACAACUUCAAGCUCUUUAACAGCAAGUCGUAUUGUAUUAUUAGAUAUGGUUAAAUGUGGAAUUCCAAAAAUUACACUUGAAGGAAGGCUUGAAGAUUGGAUAAAACUUCAAGAAAAAAUUGUUCAAUUAAGAAAAUUGAAUUUAGGUUUAACUUUUUGGUUAGAUCGCCUUGAACCUGUGAUUUGGAAUCUUGUAGCAACUUACCUUGGUGAAAUUGACGAAGACUUUUGGAGUAGAAUUAUGAGGAUAGAUGAAGUAUUUGGUUCAGGAGGCGGUACUUAUAUCACAGGGUGGAUGUUGGCUUUUUUUCCUUAUAAUCGUUCUGGAAAACCUUUACAACACAAUAGGUUAGAACUUUUUGACAUUCCAGAUGGCAUUGUCGAGGUUCCAUUUACUACUGAUACUGGAUUAUCUUUAAAGUUUAUAGCUGGAUUCAUUGGUGCUAAUCAAGACAUUUUUUAUGGUCCUACUGCUGAAUCAGUUGUUUCUCCUGUGAUUGGAUGGUCCGUUAUUGAUGACAAGUAA